AUGGCUCUGCCUUCUGGGGAGGCGGAGAGGAAGAGGGCCCGGCAGGCGGAGCAGGAGGCCCAGAUGGGCCAGCUCACUGAGCAGAAUAGGAUCAUGCUGAAUCUGUUCACCGCCCGGUCGUCCGAUCUGCUGGCCGAGGAGAUGAGGAGGGUCGAUGGACAGUUCGAGCAGAGACUCACGGAGGUGGAGAGCAAGCAAUCUGCCUCACCAGCGACAAGGUCGGGCGGAUCGUCUACGGCCAGCGGGGGUGUCUGGGUGGCGUCGCACUUGGACAUCAAGGUCUGCGAGUUCCACCAGAGGGAGUCGCUCGGGGUGACCAUCGCGACGGUGCAGACUUGGUGGCAGCAGAUGGACGCUCAAUUGCCAGGACACAUCACAGGCAAGCUGGGACCCGUCCGCGCGAAGGUACCAGAUAAUAUCUUCAAAUUCCAGCUCUCCAACAAGUACCCAAAGAUCAACGUGGAGAACUCGCCGGAACGCAUCGCUAAGUUCCAGGCGUUCGGCAGCUUGUCGGAUGCGGUCUCCGAGCUCGCGCAGGCAAAGGGGCUGACCGUGACCGCCGACUGGAAGAAGACCCUGACGGUGAAGGUGGAGGUGGAGGGCCAGAACGUCACCAUCGGCGGCAUCUCGUGCACCGCCGGCGUCGUCUGGGACCUCCAGGGCAUCGAGAAAGCAGGAUGGACGAAGGAGGCCAUCGAGCUGCGCAUGCGCAAGUGGGGCAAGUUGCUCAAGGAGAGCGUCUUGACGCUGCAGGAGAUUCCAACGUGGGAGCGGGGCGCCUUCGGAAAACUCCAGUGUUUUACCGAAGCUACCGGGGAUUGCGGGAUCUGCGUCCCGAGGCCUUGGUUCAGCGAAGUUCUACGGGAAUUUCACCAUGCUCAGUUUUGUGCACUCCAGCUGCGGGGCGCAGCAUACAUCUCCCUCCACAUGCCGACGGGGGCCGCCGGGGCGGCCAACUCCCAGUGGAUAGAUACAUUCACAUCCCUUUCCGAACUCUGCCAUCAAUGGGAGACAUGGGCAACCAGCCGUCAAAGAUGGAUAAUCGGAGGCGAUUUCAACCUCACGUUGCCUGCGAAGCUGGACGGGCUCACGGGCAGCACGAUACCCAUCGGAGCGUGCUCCAAGUACCCUCCAGAUCGCGUGCGGCAAGUUGUCAACUUUCUGCGAGCUCGCGGCGUGUACGUCCCCACCACUUUCGCGGAGAGCCACGUGUUGGGGAACGAGGGCCACCUACGC